AUGGCCGAGCUCAAAGAGAAACUCAGAGAGGUCAGACAACUGACUGAUAGCAUAUACAGAGACUUUGGGCUCAAAUGUGAGCUCACGCUGUCGGACCCCAAGAACGUGUUGACGGCGUCCGAGUUGUGCGGACUGUCCAUCGAGCAAGAAACAGAAUCCGCAGAGACAAGUCUCAUCGAAAAGACGUUCAAGUCCAUCGAAAUCAAUCCUCGCAACUCGCGCGAAGUUGACGAGUACCUGGCGCAGUGUUUUGACGAGUUCCAGCAGAUCCCGUGUAAACUUCUGGCCAAGUCCUGGAUAAGACUCAUCGAACCCAAAAAGCAGAGCCGGUACCCAUACAAGCUCGGAGACCGUACCAAGCCGUUAUGGUGGCCAGAGACGUGUCGUCACAAAGAGCCAGACCAUCUGCGCAAGGAGGAGCGCAUCGAUUUGCUCGUUUGUAUCAUCAGAACGUUCCGGUUCCAGGCAAAGGAGAUGAUCGCGGCGGCAGAGUCUGUUGGAGACUUCAACUUGAGCCACUCGGAGCCGUCCAAAAUGGGCCGUCUUAGCAGACGCAAGCUGGAUAUUCUAGAGGAGAUGUUCAAGGUGCUGAAUGCCGACCCGGGAGCAGGCCCGGUCACAGUGAGCAAGCCAGGCAAGAAGUACUCCAGCAAGGUGUACACCAAGAAGGUGAUUGAGCAUAGAAUGAAGUUCCAGCAGGACGAAAACGUUCUACCUAGCAUCCAGACUCCAGAGAAGAGCAACCGCAUCCAGCCAAAGACCCCGUCUCCUCGCAAGUUCCUAGCUUCGUCCAACAUGAUCAGCGGCGGACAGCAAACAGGGUCUCGCCAGACAUCCACCCCCGACAUGGGUGGAUUCUCCAACGAGAAUCUAGAGCCUGCCCUGAACCAACGCAACCCACUCAGUUUGCUGACGCCAAACAACUUCAACCUGCUGCUGCUGUACGGACCAUCGUCCAGCGAGUACGGUGGACUGUUCCAGGGGAACGAGAACGCAAGAACCCGGGCCAAACCAACGUACUUCCAACCAGCAGACCAUUUCGACAGCGACAGCACCCUGAGCGAAAACUCGCCAAUACGUAACGCCAUCUAG